AUGAAUUUCGAAUUAUUUACUAGCGAUAGUGAUAGUGAUUUAGAAGUUCUAGCUAUGCUAUCGGAUUGGGAUAGUAAUAGUGAUAGUUCCGAUAGCAUCGACGACGAGGAUUCAAAUAGCUCUGAAGAAUCAGAUAAUGAUAAUACUUUUGCCGGCGACAAUGGUAUAACAGUAUAUGGAGAGAAACCAAAUGGGGAAUUACAUACAAUUGAAGAAAAUAAAAAUAACCCUUUGAAAUUACGAAGGGUUAAUUACAUGCAAACUUUAGAGGAUGCCGAAUUUACUUUUACGUUUAGAUUAUCGAAGACGGUUAUAGAGCCUUUGCUUGCUGAAAUAAUGCCCUAUGUUCGGGUUACUUCAGCAAGGAAUAAUGGUGUAACACCAUUCCACCAAUUGUUAUUAACAUUAAGGUUCUAUGCAAUGGGAACUAUGUUAUCAUCGGUUGCUGAAUAUGUGGGAGUGGCUAAAUCCACUGCCUGUAGAGUGGUAAGAGACAUAUCAUCCGCUAUUGCAAUGUUGUAUGAUAAAUAUGUAUUCAUGCAUAUGGACGGAAUUGAAAAAUUUCAUAGUAUAGCAAAAUUCCCAAAAGUAGUUGGUGUUGUUGACUGUAUGCAUGUCAGGAUAGAUUCUCCUCGUCAUGACAUUGGUGCAGAAUUCCGGAAUCCUCAAGGACAAUUUUCAUUGAAUGUCCAAGCAAUCUGCGAUGCUGAUCUUAAGAUAAUGAAUAUAGCUUGGCAAUCUGGCUCUUACCAUGACACUGUUGUAUUUGACAAUUCACCAUUAAAGGAUGAAUUCGAAUCAGGCCACUAUAAAGACUGUUGGUUAUUGGGUGACAAUGACUUCCAAAACAGAUGGUACCUACUCACACCCAUUUUAAACCCAACAUCAGAAUCGGAGAGACGUUACAACGAUUCUCAUGCUAAAACGCGGACUGCAAUUGAAAGAACUCUAGAAGUAUGGAAACGUAGAUUUCCCGUACUAGCCCUCACUUUAAGAGUAUCAUUGCCAGUUAUACAUUCAAUUAUAACAGCAACGGCAGUAUUGCAUAACAUUUGUAUCAUAAAUAAUGUCGUGGAUGUUCCGCCAGAGAGCGCUACAGAUGAACAAGAUUCUGGCAAUAUUGAUAAUGUUGCAAGUAUAGAAAAUUCUGGCUUAGAUACUGACAAUAUUGACAAUCAAAUAUUGGAUGCGGGCGAACAUUUUGAGUCUGGCAAUUAUAUUUUGGACGCUGGCAAUAUUUUAGACAGUGAAGUGGUCACUGGCAAUCAAUUGGACGCUGGCAAUAUUUUAGACAGUCAAGUGGUCACUGGCAAUCAAUUGGACGCAAAUAACAUGUACAAUGGCAUUGAUUUGCAAGAUGUCAAAGAUUUUGAUACGCAAGAUGAUUGUCAAAAUCUACCGAGAUACUGCUUUGAUUCCAACGAUUUUGAUAUGAGGGGUUUUGUUGUUAAUAACUAUUUUAAAUAG